AUGACAUUAUGGUUUUUUAGAGUAUUUCCCGUUGAAUACCACACUGGAAGGUGGACUCCACUCAAGUCAGAUCCACCGAUUGCUGAGAUGACAACGCCGACUGUAAAUCCAACGAAUUUCGUACAAAAUUCAGAUAGUUUGCAUACAGCACUCAAGCCUAUAAUCAACCUUGCCCAAUGUUUCGCUGUAUUCCCAGUGAAUGGCGCAAACACCCCAGAUUCGUCUCAUCUCAAAUUCACAUGGAGAAGUCUCAAAAUCUUGUACAGUAUGGUAGUGCUGGCACUGUCUACAAUCAUGACAGGAGCGAGUAUUCAUCGUAUACUCUCCAGCACAUUUACUUCCCCCAAAAUGACUACAUUAGUAUUUUUCGGCACAUCGUGCGUCACGAACGUCCUCUUCCUUAGGCUCGCUAUGCGAUGGCCGGAGAUAGCUGCUAAAUGGGAGAAGAUUGAGCGAGAAUUAGCUACUCGACAUCGACGGACCUCAAAGUACAAUCUUGUUACUCGGUAUAAAAUCAUUGCAGUGACCAUUAUGGCAAUAGCUCUUAUCGAACAUACACUUUCCCUAGUAUCUGGAUAUCUAAGUGCCUCCGAAUGUGCCCAAUUACAAGGUGAUCCUGAUGUCCUUGGGGUUUACUUUCAGACGCAAUUCCCUCAGGUCUUCAACAAAACGGUUUAUUCAAUCUGGAAGGGCCUCAUGGUACAGAGUAUUAAUGUUCUCACGACAUUUUCCUGGAAUUUCCUCGAUCUCUUCCUCAUCCUCAUGAGUACAGCAUUGACCUACCACUUUGGAUUACUCAAUGCAAGACUCAACUCCAUUAAGGAUAAAACAAUGCCAGAGUGGUGGUGGGCAGAGGCGAGAAUCGAUUACAAUCGUCUUGCUUCACUCACUAGACAAGUGGAUUCCGAUAUCUCUGGACUUAUUCUACUCUCAUUCGGAAUCAAUCUCUAUUUUAUUUGCAUGCAGCUUAUGUAUUCCUUCAAUCGAGUGCCCAAUGUCAUUCGCACAAUAUACUUUGGCUUCUCUUUUGGGGCUGUUAUCGCGAGAACAGCAGCUGUUUCUCUGUCUGCUGCAUCAGUUCAUGAUGAAUCAUUACUACCUGCACCUGUCUUGUACAGUGUUUCUAGCUCGAGUUAUUCAACAGAGGUAGUCAGAUUCUUGUCUCAAGUAACAACAGACACUAUAGGAUUGACAGGAAUGAAGUUUUUUUCCAUUACCCGCAGUCUUGUUCUCACAGUUGCAGGAACAAUAAUCACUUAUGAGCUUGUUCUCGUACAAUUCAAUGCCGUCCAACAGGUGAAUCCUUCAAACUUGACAAAUGCUUGCGAACUGAAGUAACCAUGCGUCAUCAGCACCUUUUCCAUAGUUUCGAAAAAAAAAACUCUCUUACUUUCUCCGUAAUUUUUUUUUUCGUCAAUUCUCCUCUUCCUUUAUUUAUCUCUCGGAUCUACUGAGACUGAUACGUUUUCACGAAUCUCUCGCUUGUCACAGAUUUAACAAAACUAUUUGACUAUUGUGGUUUUUCUUCUUGUUUAAUUAUCUCCUACUGGCAAUAUUUAUCCUACUGUGGCUUGAGUCUUUGCCGUAUAUUUGCUUGAUAUUUCUUGCAUUUCGAGGAAAAGUGAUAUAAAUCUCGGAACCAUUCAUUUGAAAAUAGGUUUUGGAAAAUUAAGACAUGAUAAGAGCGAAUCAACGAAGAUUUAUGAUUAUGCAUAAUCCACAGGAAAUUGAAAAUAGUCAACAAUGGACAUUCUACAUAUCUUGAAGGAUCUCUCCACUUUAUUUAUUAUUCUAUAUGUUUCACACUUAGGAAAUAAUUAAUUUCAUUAUAAUGGAAUAAAGUAACACAAAUCAGACGAAUAAUUAAGUAAAUAAGAAAUUAACGUAUUGGAACGUGUUGGAAAAUGUAAAAAAAGUAAUAGACUUGACAUAUACUAUACUCAAAGCGCCAACAGAUAUAUUCAUUUAUUCUUCCUUCGUUCGUGCAGAGAAAUUUCCA